GCGUGCCAUUCCGCAAUUCCCACAGUCCCGAUGAAGUUCACUGUACUCGCCACCCUUGCCGCCUGCGCCAUGGCCGCCGAAACGACGACGACGACGACGGCUCCGCCCAAGGUCUCGAUCGACUGCACGCAGGCGCAGAUUGCGACCAUCAACGCGCUCCAGGCCACGGAGACGUACAUGGCGUGCACGAACGAUGCGCAAAAGACCAUCUUCAACGGCACGCCCGAUGACAUUUGCGCCGUCCCGUCGUGCGUCGUCGCCGUCCAAAACUUGGUCGGCAAGUUCCCGAGCUGCGUCUUUGACAAGAAGACGCCGAUCAACGACAUCAAGCCGUUCAUCAAGACGUGCGGUGUCGACCCGAACCUCAUUGUGACGACGGCGCCGGCCAAGUCGACGCGGCCUACGGCGACGCUCGCCAACGCCACGGACGCCAACGCCACGACGGUGCCCAUUGUGACCGUCGCCGAAAUCACGACCGCGCCGCGCACCAAGGUCGCUGCCGCGACCCCGACGCCCGCGCCGUCGGCUGCGGUUGCCAACUCGGCCUCGCUCCUCGCGAUUGGCUCGGCGGCUUUGGCCUACGCCUUGGCCUAGAUGUGCUACCAAGCGGAUGCUCGCUUCGUCGUAGGCUCCUCGUGCUAGCACGACGUACCGCGUCCUGGAUUCGUAGUAUAUUUAACCAAUUGUCCUCGAUCCUCGCCCA